UAAAAAAUAUACUAACAAGAUGCAUAUCGAGCUGUAGUAGUUCGUAUGUACGUUCAUUUAUCUACAACUAAGCGCAGUCACCACCGGAAAACGCCAGAAAGUGUCGCGUGCUCUGCCGUAAACCGAAACCGUAGCAGCACAUUUCAGAUCCAGAGGCCACAGACAUGUUCAGCAGAGCAGUAAAAUAGUCGACCAACGCUAUCUGUAAGCACUAACGUUACACGAACAAAAAGGGGUCAGGUCUGGGGUUAUGCGGCGUUCAUGCUUGGAUCGAUUUCGUCAUGUUGUAUUUUAGCGUAGUUGUAAGCUGAUAUUGUGUGUUUUGUUCCGCGGUGUGUGUUAUGUGUUGACUGUAAAAGAGGACAGUGCGUCACCGUACAAGAUGGACACUGCCGAAGAAGGUGAUAUAUGUAGGGUGUGUCGAUCUGAGGGAACCCAGGACAAACCCCUCUACCAUCCCUGCGUGUGUACUGGAAGUAUUAAAUUCAUCCACCAAGAAUGCUUGGUGCAGUGGCUUAAACACAGCAGAAAAGAGUACUGCGAAUUAUGCAAGCACAGAUUUGCUUUCACGCCAAUUUACUCUCCAGACAUGCCUUCACGGCUCCCAGUGCAGGACAUUUUCGCAGGACUGGUCACAAGUAUAGGCACGGCUAUCCGAUACUGGUUUCAUUACACGCUUGUUGCCUUUGCUUGGCUGGGGGUUGUACCUCUAACAGCAUGUCGCAUCUAUAAGUGUCUGUUCACUGGAUCUGUAAGCUCCCUCCUGACUCUGCCCUUAGACAUGCUCUCCACAGAGAACUUGCUGGCCGACUGCCUGCAGGGCUGCUUUGUGGUGACCUGCACCCUCUGCGCCUUCAUCAGUCUGGUGUGGCUGCGGGAGCAGAUUGUUCAUGGUGGAGCCCCUUUAUGGUUGGAGCAGAACCAGCAGCAACCUGCCAAUGCUGCAGGACCGGCCAAUGAGGCUGCUGGCCAGGGUAAUGGGGGUGCUGAAAACCAGCCCAUGCCCGCACCGGCCGAACCUCCAGCAGAAAACGCUGCAGCGGCUGAAGCUCCUGACCUCCCCGCUGACCCUAUGGAAGAGAUGGAGCUGGAUAAUGAAGAUGAGGAGGAUGGAGGAGCCGAAGAUGUGGCGGAUGCCAACAAUGGAGCACAAGAUGAUAUGAACUGGAAUGCUCUGGAAUGGGAUCGUGCAGCUGAAGAGCUCACUUGGGAAAGGAUGCUUGGGCUUGAUGGGUCCCUGGUUUUUCUGGAGCAUGUGUUCUGGGUGGUCUCACUCAACACACUCUUCAUCUUGGUGUUUGCUUUCUGUCCCUACCAUAUUGGCCACUUCACAGUGGUUGGACUUGGUUUUGAAGAAUAUGUUCGUGCCUCACACUUUGAGGGACUCAUCACCACUAUAGUUGGAUAUGUCCUUUUGGCCAUCACACUCAUUGUGUGUCAUGGAUUAGCAGCACUGGUGAGAUUUCAAAGAUCACGCCGCUUGUUAGGAGUCUGCUACAUUGUCGUAAAGGUCUCUCUUCUAGUAGUUGUAGAGAUUGGUGUGUUCCCCCUCAUCUGCGGCUGGUGGCUUGAUAUCUGCUCUCUGGAAAUGUUUGAUGCCUCAUUGAAAGACCGAGAGUUGAGUUUUGAAUCUGCCCCAGGGACCACUAUGUUCCUUCACUGGCUGGUGGGGAUGGUCUACGUCUUCUAUUUCGCCUCUUUCAUUCUUCUACUCCGAGAGGUUCUAAGGCCUGGGGUCUUGUGGUUUCUCAGAAAUCUGAACGAUCCAGAUUUCAACCCAGUGCAAGAAAUGAUACAUCUACCAAUAUAUAGACACUUGAGACGAUUCAUACUAUCAGUGGUUGUGUUUGGCUCAAUCGUUCUUCUCAUGUUGUGGCUUCCUAUCCGGAUAAUCAAACACAUCUUCCCUUCAUUUCUUCCCUACAAUGUGAUGCUUUACAGGAGUCACUAUGGAGAUGCAGAAUUUGGUGCAGAGGAGAAUCUACCCCUUCCUUCUGAUGGUAGUGGUGCUGAUGGUAAAUUGACCAUCACUAUGGAGAUGCAGAAUUUGGUGCAGAGGAGAAUCUACCCCUUCCUUCUGAUGGUAGUGGUGCUGAUGGGUAUCCUCUUUUUCCAAAUCCGACAAUUCAAGCGCCUUUAUGAGCACAUCAAGAAUGACAAGUACCUUGUUGGACAGAGACUUGUGAACUAUGAACGAAAAGCUGGCAAGCUCAGCACUACCACACACAGCAGUUCAGUGCAGGAGUAAAGAGCUUGGGAUUGCUUUGGAGUCACUCUUUUUGUGUGUGAGCGAGCGAGCAUGUGUGAAUGACUGAAUGAGCCUUUCUCUCCUGCUCCCUCUUUGUGCGUCCUUACAUCCAGCACGCCCACUAUGACUGACUUCUGGCCUCUCUGACCCUGCCAGCAAAAAAAGGGAGAAAGAGCCAUGUACAUAAACGGGGCGAAAGAGUGAAUCCCUACAGCCAAAUGGAAAAAAUGAAAAAAAACAACAAAAAAAAUAUUAAGUAUGUGUAUUAAUUUAUUAAAUCUAGUUGUUACCUUUUUUUGUGGAGCUUUGUUCGUGGCAAGACUCGACCCACAUGGUUCCUUUCAUCACCCUCGUGGAGAGGCCAGUCAGACUCCAGGGAUGAAAUGUCUGGGUCAUAAUGGAGCUGGACUGUCACAUUUGUACCUUUUUUAUUUAUUAGUUUAGAAUUUAUUGAAAUACGAUCUUGGUGUUUUUGAAUGAGAGGGUCUUGUUUGAUUUGAUGCUUUCGGUAGUGUGUCUUACCUUCAUUUCUCAAUGCUUUAACCUCCCUAAUUUUAUGUGCAGAACAGAAGUGGAUGGAGGCGGAUUUAAUGGUUAUGCCACACCCAUCUGCUUCCUGUCAUGUGGAAAAGAGGGAAUUUUGUUUCACCAACAGUUUGUCCGCGACUGUUGUUGACCAAUUCAAGAACAUAGAAGCACAGAGUCAGUAUCUAGCAGCCGAAGCGUAGUUUGAUGGUGGAGUUUAUGGCUCACAGUGAGCCGCAAAGCCGAUCUCUGCCUGCUAGCUCUUCGCUCAACUCCUUCAAAAUCCUUUCAAGUAGCUUAAAAGACCGUUUAGAGUGCUAAUUGCGUCAGUGGUUGAGCUAGCAUAUUUGUUUGCUGUUCAAGUUGAUAUCAUUGACCGUUGUAUGUCAGUCUCGUGCUCAGCAUGGCCUAGCAACACUUUCUCAUAGAUGUAAUUCUGGCACGUACACGGGUUGUUGCACUUUUUUAAUUUAAGAAAGUGUCUUUUAAGAGCAGCAAUAGUUUGGAAACCCUUUAGACCAAAUUUGAAGUCCUUACUCGUAUAGGUACUGGAGCUCACAAAAAUUAAUUAAACCGAUCAGAUUUUCAGCCAAAACCUGGUUUAUUAUUCUUGCUUCGGUUCGGUAGAAGAGUUUCGUGUCUGUAGGUAAGGAGGAGAUCCUCAACACAUUUGUAAAUAAUGUAACUUUGAUUCUUCGUAGCAGAGUAUGUUUUUCUCCAUUUCAAAUUUGCUGCGUCUGUUACAGGUUCACGAUACCCGAAGAAUUUGUCUCAGACAGCUUUAGUGUUAAUCAGCGCUGAGAUUCUAUAAGUGACCUUAUAGUAUCUUAUUACACUGAAACUGGAUACUGUAUGCUUCUUGAUAGCUUGCGCUCCUCUGAAAGGCAAAUGUUCUAUUUUUAUAUGUGCAACUAGUGACACCGUUUUCAUGUUUGUUCAGCCAUCGAUUUGAUUUCCUCUAACGUUUACUGAGGUCAGCUAGAAUCCAGGUAAAGCUAGUGGUUCAGCACUAAACACCUUUGUGUGUCUGGUUUACUAAGCCUUUUCCUUCUCCGCAUGUUUUUGAGAGAAUUAUUCAGUAUUCUGAAUGUUUUCAAACCUCCUCCUUGGAGGCUCUUGCUGUAAUAAUUACAUUCUCAUAAUGGCAGAUUUUUUUGUUUGUUUGUUGAAAACUUUUAUUACAAAUAUUAAAUC